AUGUCGAAUAUCUCUGUAGUCGAUCGCUCAAUGGCGGAAUUGAAUUUGAACAAUUCAACAGCCAAAGAGCUUCCAAUCGGAAGAAAGCCGUUGUCUCAGAAACUAGCCAAAGGUGACAGAAAAGGACCCUUUGUCCAACUUGAGACGAACAUGAGCAAGAUCGAGCUCAAGCCAAACGUCUCGAUAUUCAAAUAUGCGGUGGAAGUUUUGAUGUUCUUCAAGAAAGAAAACGGAGAAGAAUUCUCGAUUGAGCUCUCUAAGUCGAGAAAGCGUGGUUUCGACCAUGAGCACGAUAAGAAAACCUGUGUUGUGGUGUACGAGAAGGCUUGCAAGAAAAGCAAAGAACUUAAUAGUGGAGGUAACUUUGUCUACGAUAGACAAGCAUUGCUCUACUCGACGACCAAACUGAAAACCGACCCGCUUUCCAUUAUCGUCGAUGACAAAGACGUUUGCUCUCGUUCAAACUUCAUUCGGGCCGAACUGAAGAUAUCCAAAGUGGCUGAUAGCUUCCAAACCACUACGAAUGAUGUGUCGAAGACGGUUCAUAACUGUCCAGCUCUGGCGGACACUACAAUCCUUGAGGUUUUGAAUUUGAUGGCAUCGGGUGAAGCACUGAAAGAUUCCAAAGUGUUAACCAUCGGAAACUGCGUGCAUUAUUUGUAUGAUGACGCAGGAAUCCAGACCCACCCGAUGUUCUACGACCAAGGGUUGAAGUCAUCCGCCGUGGGAGCAAGCAAGUCAAUAAAAACCCUGGAGGGGAGAGAAAAACAGCCAUCUCUCUAUAUGGCGACAGAGUUGAAAACCACAUUGUUCCAUCCCGAUGACACGAGACUUAUUGAUCUCCUCAAGUCUUACCCAGGAUUCGAUUCCAACAAAACUGCAAAUAGUUUUUGGGCCACGAAUGUCCAGCAUUCGCUUCAGGACCUCUUCUGCUUCUUGGACUAUGGAAAAAACAAAAAUCUGAAUGACGACCGUAUCACCAUUCAAAUAGCCAGAUUUGGCGACUCCGCCGUGAACCAGAAGUUCGAGUACGAGAACCGAGAAACUGGAGUUUCGAAACCUGUGUCUGUCUUUGAGUACUACAAGAUGAAGUACGGAAUCACACUCUCUUAUCCAAAUCUCUUCACGAUUGUGGCCAAAGGAAGAGGCGGAAAAAAUUCGUAUUUCCCUGUGGAGUGUCUUCAACUCUGCAACGGACAGCCGGUCAGAACCAGUCAAAUGAUUGGGACGGAACAGGCAGAUCUGAUCAAAUACUCUGCCGCGUUACCAGCUCAGCGAAAAGAGAAAACGGAUAAGGUCGUCAAAGCGCUCAAAUUGGGAACCGACGAGAUUGGGCUCAUGAGAGUCAAUAAACCAGAGACAGUUACUGGUCGUGUAUUGGAGAAACCCAAAAUCAAGUUUGGUCCUGGUGGAAGAAUGGUUGUCAAUUGGGAAGAUCCGAGACAAAGAGGUGCGGCGACGGACUUCAACAUCACCAAGUUCAUCGACCCGAAGUCUCUGACAAAUUGGGAUGUCGUCUUCGAUGAAGGGGAACCCAACCCAGUGGCCAUCGAAAACCUGAUGGAGACAAUGAAGAUGAUGGGAAUGCAAGUUGCUCCACCUCGACAAUUCUUCAUACAGAAGAGCCGUCUUCGACCAAUCUUCGAGUCAGCAGCCGCGAAGAAAGUUCAACUCCUGCUGUUCAUCACCAAGCAGAGAAACAACUACCAUCAGGAAAUCAAGGCUCUGGAGCAGGAGUUCGAUAUUUUAACGCAAGAUAUGAAGUUUGAGACCGCCGUCAAGCUCCCAAGACAACAAAACACAAAGAAAAACAUAGUCAACAAGAUCAAUGUCAAGCUGGGAGGUCUCAACUACGAGAUAGAAAGCCCCGAACUACAGAAGCGCAACAGUCUCAUAAUAGGAUUGGAGACAUCCCAGAAAGGGGGAUUGGGAGAUGCCCCAAUAUCGAUCGGUUUCUCGGCAAAUAUGAUGGACCACCCUCAGAAGUUCAGCGGUGGAUUCGUUUUUGUGUAUGGCCCAGUACUCCAAAAACUCAUCCACCAAAUCAUCAAGCAAGCACAAAGCAGACGAACUGGAGAGCUCAACCAGAUCCUGAUCUACAUAAGUGGAAUCACGGAAGGGCAAUAUGGAAUAAUCAACGAGAAGUAUUCGAUGUUCAUCAUGGAAGCAUGCAGAGCCAUCCACCCAAAUGCUUUCCGACCGGAAAUCAUCAUCGUCGCCGUUUCCAAAACACACAAUACCCGUCUAUACAAAAACCACUCAGGUCAGCUCUCCAACGUCGACCCGGGAACUGUUGUGGAUGAGGUCAUUGUCAGUCCGGUGCUCACGGAAUGGUACCUGACCAGUGCCGUGGCAAGACAAGGAACUGCCAAACCCAUCAAAUACAGUUUGAUAUUCGCAGUCCUCAAGAAUAACCCGCUCACGGCCACUCAGCUUCAAAAAAUGACCUACGAUCUGGCGUUUGGUCAUCAAAUCGUUUACUCCCCAGUUAGCCUUCCAGUUCCACUCUACUUGGCAGGAGAGUGCAGUACUCGUGGAGCCGCUUUGCUAGCGACGAGAAGGGCGACUUUCACCAAUGGUGAAUUCGAUAUGACUGCCACCAACAACAAGUUGGGAUACAUUGGAAAGAAUCUGUUCAACACACGCUUCAACGCCUAA